AUGUAACAAUUUAGAGACACUGACAAUAAUAGUGAAAAUCUAAAUGAGGAAGAUAAGUAAUGUAAUAAAUAGUAUAACAAAAGCAGCUCCAUCAAUUAGCAUGUACCAUAAUUUCCUCCUAAAAAAGCCCCAUCGUUUUCUAUGGAAGGCCCAUAAAUUCUAGGGCUUUUAUUAUAAUUUAGAUUUGCAUAAGGAAAUGCAAGAAGAGAAUUAGAAUGCCAAUUGAUAAAACGAUUAGUUAACAUAAAAAAAAAUUAUGAACCUGAUUGCUACAGAUUAAAUGGAACUUGGGCUCUAAAAUAUACAAAUUAUCUUUAUGAAAAUUCAAAUACUCUACCAGGUCCAAUUGAUAAUACACCUUUAUUAUAAAUCAAAGAGCCAAUUCGAAAUAGAGAUUAUUUUGUAUUGACUGAUACAGUUUGGAAAUUCUUGCUUGAAGAAUAUGGUGGAGGUCCUGAAAUAUUGGAAGACAAAGUGCCACCAUCUCCAGUAUCAGUUAUUUCAUCAACAGCAGACAGAGCAAAAUCAGCUGAUAUAAGCAUGAUGUCAAGUGUAUCAUAAUAAGAGUUGCCAUCAGAAAUUCCAAUAAAAGGAUUGAAGAAUGAAUUGUUUUAUUGCUAUAUGCACUCAAUUCUUUAAUGUUUAAUGUGCAUUCAAGAAUUGAAUCAUUUUUUAUUAAACAGUAUUAAUAGACAUAAUGGGUAGAAAAUGCUAUAUUGUCGAGGUUAUAAAGAAAUGUUAUUAUAAAUACGAGAUGCUUAAAGUGACUAUAUAAAAAUAAACAAUUUGAGAACUACAAUAAGUAAGAAGUUCAAUCCAAAGUAUUAACAUGAUGCAUAAGAGUUUCUCUUAUAUUUAAUAUCAAUGAUGGAAGAUGAAAUUAUAGAAGUAAAUAAGGAAUAUGAAAAACUAUAGUUACCUAAAUUAGAGAAUGUUGUAAAGAAGUAUUUAAAAGGUUAAAUAGUAAGUGAAUUAAUUUGUAAGAAUUGUAAACAUAAGUCUGUAAUAACAGAGGAAUUUCUAACUUUAUCUUUAGCUUUAACAAAAGUUGCUACAGUAAAUCAAUCAUUAGAAGAGUUUUUGAAAGAUGAAUUAAUUUAAGAUUAUCAAUGUGAUAAUUGUCAUAAGAAAAAAAUAGCAAUAAAAAAAACAAGAAUUACUAAUUUACCUAGAUAUCUCAUAUUACAUUUAAAAAGAUUUAAGUUUUUUCCUAAAUAAACUAAAAUAACAUAAUAAAUAAAAUUUUCAAUUGAAUCUAAUUUCUGUAAUACAGAAUAUAAAUUAAUUGGAAUAAUUGUUCAUUCUGGUUCUUUAGAAUAAGGACAUUAUUAUUCAUAUGGUAGAAGAUAACACAAAUGGUGGUUAUUUAAUGAUUAACGAAUUAAAUAAGCAAAUAAAAUGGAUGUAUAAUAAUAACAAGGUUACAUAUUGUUUUAUUAAUAACUUUUUUGA